AUGACGGAGCCAUCCUCACCCAAGGCAACACCAAAGCGAAAGCGGGAUGACCUCAUAAUUGAACAAAAGCUGUCAUCUUCCGCUCCUGUGCCCAACGUUCCCUACCUGACAAAGACAGUGUUCACCUUCGAGCCGCCAGAUUACCAAUCGCUCGAGGAUGGCAACAGCAGCCCGCGAACCAAAGUGGCCAACAAGUUUCGCGAUCUGGCUUUGGAUGGGAACGGCCAAAGUGGGGGCGGGGUAGGCACGACGACGCAUGGCCGCGUUAGCGACAAGCGCGGUAUCGAUAUGAGACACCCCAAAUUCUUGCCAGAGCCGCUCGUCUUCGAUUUCGAUGGCGCUGGGGAUAGUGGACAAGAAGACAAAGUGGACAUGGACAUAGACAUGGACAUUCACAAUGUCGGAGACGCCGCGCGCAAGCGAAUGAAGUUGCCCGACAUGGAGCCCGCGACCGCCCCUGGCAGGCACGGAGAGAGCAGCGCCGAAGCCGCGGGGCCGGUCCAAAUCGGUGCCAAUGGAAGACUAUUACUAGAAACAGCCAUUGACCCUAUCAUGUUGAAGACGCGUAAGGAUGGAGAGGGCGGCAAGCUGCAGAAGUCGUACCCUUCCAUUAAUCGACUCGCAGACUCCAAGUCACGAAGACCAAGACGAACUGGCACACCGCCCCUGAAUGCGAGACGAAAGACGACGGAGACGGUAGAGGAAGAGCCUGUCAUAGUCGACCCUGUGCGCGCGGCACUUACCUGGCACGAGGAUGAGAUCACAGUCUACGAUUCGGAAGACAAAGACGACGAUGGAACGGGGUUGAAUGGCAUAGGCUUCAAGCCCACUCCGGCAGUUGCCUAUGCACGAGCCCAGAAGCGGCGACAGCAGCUAUCCGACUACAGAAAGCGCGAGGAGAGUGAGGCUAGAGCCCGCAGAAACCAGCGACGUAGGGAGGCGCUGGGCGAGCCGCCUGGACUUGAAAGGAAGCACUCCAUGGUGAAGGUGCACUUUUCGGAGGCGGAACCGAGUGCCAUGGUUACAACAUGA